CGCCGCCCUCCCUUCCUCGCGCUGCUCGGCUUGCUCGGCUCGGCUCAGCGCAGCGCAGCGCAGCUCGGCAGCCGCCAAGCCGAGGCGGCAAGGUCUCCCGGCCGCCAGCGCCGGCUCCGAGCUCCGCUCCCCGCCCGGGCUCUGCCAGGUCUCGCUUCCGCGGGGACCCCUUCGAGCAGGAGUCGCGUGGCGAGCGGGCGGCCAGGCACAAAGUUGGGGGCCCGCGAGGAUGAGGCUAUCCCCGGCAUCCCUGAGACUGAGCCGGAGUCCAGCGCUGCUGGCCCUGGCGCUGCCUCUGGCCGCGGCGCUGGCCUUCUCCGACGAGACCCUGGACAAAGUGCCCAAGUCGGAGGGCUACUGCAGCCGCAUCCUGCGCGUUCAGGGCACGCGGCGCGAGGGCUACACCGAGUUCAGCCUCCGUGUGGAGGGCGACCCUGACUUCUACAAGCCGGGAACCAGCUACCGCGUGACACUUUCAGCUGCCCCUCCCUCUUACUUCAGAGGAUUCACAUUGAUUGCCCUCAAAGAGAACAGAGAGGGUGAUAAGGAGGAAGACCAUGCGGGGACCUUCCAGAUCAUAGAUGAAGAAGAAACACAAUUUAUGAGUAAUUGCCCCGUUGCGGUCACCGAAAGCACCCCACGGAGGAGGACGCGGAUCCAGGUGUUCUGGAUAGCGCCACCUGCAGGAACCGGCUGUGUGAUUCUAAAGGCUAGCAUCGUACAGAAACGCAUCAUUUAUUUUCAAGAUGAGGGCUCUCUGACCAAGAAACUUUGUGAACAAGACUCCACAUUUGACGGGGUGACUGACAGACCAAUCCUAGACUGCUGCGCCUGUGGAACUGCUAAGUACAGGCUCACAUUUUAUGGGAACUGGUCUGAGAAGACACACCCAAAGGAUUACCCUCGUCGGGCAAAUCACUGGUCUGCAAUCAUCGGUGGAUCCCACUCCAAGAAUUAUGUGCUAUGGGAGUAUGGAGGAUAUGCUAGCGAAGGCGUCAGACAAGUUGCAGAACUGGGUUCACCGGUGAAAAUGGAGGAGGAAAUUCGACAACAGAGCGAUGAGGUCCUCACUGUCAUCAAAGCCAAAGCUCAGUGGCCAGCCUGGCAGCCUCUCAACGUGAGAGCAGCACCCUCGGCUGAAUUUUCAGUGGACAGGACGCGCCACUUAAUGUCCUUCCUGACCAUGAUGGGCCCCAGUCCCGACUGGAACGUGGGCCUGUCUGCAGAGGAUCUGUGCACCAAAGAGUGCGGCUGGGUCCAGAAAGUGGUGCAGGACCUGAUUCCCUGGGACGCUGGCACCGACAGUGGGGUGACCUAUGAGUCAUCCAACAAGCCCACAAUUCCCCAGGAGAAAAUCCGACCCCUGACCAGCCUGGACCAUCCUCAGAGUCCUUUUUACGAUCCAGAGGGCGGGUCCAUCACUCAAGUAGCCCGAGUUGUCAUUGAGAGAAUCGCUCGGAAGGGGGAACAGUGCAAUAUUGUACCUGACAAUGUUGACGAUAUUGUAGCAGACCUGGCUCCAGAAGAGAAAGAUGAAGAUGACACCCCCGAAACCUGCAUCUACUCCAACUGGUCCCCGUGGUCCGCCUGUAGCUCUUCCACCUGCGACAAAGGCAAGAGGAUGCGGCAGCGCAUGCUGAAGGCACAGCUGGACCUCAGUGUCCCCUGUCCCGACACCCAGGACUUCCAGCCCUGCACGGGCCCGGGCUGCAGCGAUGAAGACGGCUCCACCUGCACCAUGUCCGAGUGGAUCACCUGGUCGCCCUGCAGCAUCUCCUGCGGCACUGGCAUGCGGUCCCGGGAGAGGUACGUGAAGCAGUUCCCGGAGGACGGCUCCGUGUGCACGCUGCCCACUGAGGAGACGGAGAAGUGCACGGUCAACGAGGAGUGCUCUCCCAGCAGCUGCCUGAUGACUGAGUGGGGCGAGUGGGACGAGUGCAGCGCCACCUGCGGGAUGGGCAUGAAGAAGCGGCACCGCAUGGUCAAGAUGAGCCCGGCGGACGGCUCCAUGUGCAAGACUGAGACGUCUCAGGCAGAGAAGUGCAUGAUGCCCGAGUGCCACACCAUCCCCUGCUUGCUGUCCCCGUGGUCCGAGUGGAGCGACUGCAGCGUGACCUGUGGGAAGGGCAUGCGGACCCGCCAGCGGAUGCUCAAGUCUCUGGCUGAACUCGGGGACUGUAAUGAGGAGCUGGAGCAAGUGGAAAAGUGCAUGCUGCCCGAGUGCCCCAUUGACUGUGAGCUCACUGAAUGGUCCCAAUGGUCGGAAUGUAACAAGUCAUGUGGGAAAGGCCACAUGAUUCGAACCCGCAUGAUCCAAAUGGAGCCUCAGUUUGGAGGUGCACCCUGCCCGGAGACUGUGCAGCGGAAAAAGUGCCGCAUCCGGAAAUGCCUCCGGAAUCCAUCCAUCCAGAAGCUGCGCUGGAGGGAGGCCCGAGAGAGCCGGAGGAGCGAGCAGCUGAGGGAGGAGUCCGACGGGGACCAGUUUCCAGGCUGUAGGAUGCGCCCAUGGACAGCCUGGUCAGAAUGCACCAAACUGUGUGGAGGUGGGAUCCAGGAACGCUACAUGACUGUAAAGAAAAGGUUCAAAAGCUCCCAGUUUACCAGCUGCAAAGACAAGAAGGAGAUCAGAGCAUGCCAUGUUCACCCGUGUUAACAAGGGUACACGCUUCCCAGGGCUGCACUCUAGACCCCCCAGAGUCACCAAUGGCUGGAUUGUUUGUUUGCUUGUUUGUUUAAGGCAAUUUAAAUCGUGUACAUUAGUUUUCAUUUCUGCAGUGUGGUCUGCCCAGUAGUCUUGUGGAUGCCAGGGACAUUCUUCUGUACACUUCUUGGUGGGCACAGACUGAGGGGGGUGCUCCCUCAUCCUCAGCCAGCCCUCAUCCAGCACGAGUAGUGUCAGCCACCUGUACUGAAUGGAAACGUGUCCCUCUGGAGCACCGACCUGGGUGGCAGGAAAGAGACCCCGGCCUCCUGCACAUGGAGAGGCAACUGUCUGCAGAUGACUCUGUGCCUGGUGCCGGGGCGCAGCAUGGGGGAGACAGUCCCUGUCAGGUGGAGUGCAGAUUCCCCUCAUUCUCGUCUGGCCUGCUCCCUCUUGCAGGGAACUAUUGUUUGCUCGUCUCUUCUCAUUUAGUGGAACUUUAGGGCCCAUUGUUGAGUCUCCUCGGUCAUCAACAGUUCUUGGGGAAAACAGCUGGCAGACAUGAAGAGAAGCACUGAUGGUGGGUGGCUUUUUUCUUUCACUGAGAAAUUCGUAUGUAUCUCAACCCCUAAUAUUGGUUCUUGAUGGCCCAGAGGAAAGAAAUGAUGGCUGCUUUAUUUGAACAUAAGGUAACCAGUUCUUACGCCUGAGGCAAAAGGUACUAAGUCUAGAAAUCAUUUUUCCCUUCUUUUUGGGGGUUUUUUGGACACAAUUCUCUUAGGAAGCCAGCCUUAUGAACCUUCUGAUGUUAGAUCCUUAUAGAACCAAGGCCAAGGCAGCAAAACUAGCCUCUAUAGCAGUCCCAAACCUGAGUGAGUUUUUAAAAUCUUCCGACACAGACUUUUAAGUUCUCAAACCAGUUUCUAACAAGAAAACAUUUUUUCAGUUACGCAAACAUUUUGUUAAAUCUGUCCGCAGCCCACCAAGCCAUUCCUUCAACAGAAAUACUAUCUAUCUCUGUACUUGAAAGGGCUUCUUAAGUCCUAAAAUUUUAUACAUAGAAAAAGUGUUUCAGAGGCCAAGAAAAAGACGUCAAAUCUAGGGAGAAAGGAAUGUUGCAGAAUCAAGCUUGGCCGUAAAAUCUGGGGAAGUCAAACCUAUGUCAGCCCUCCACACCAGGGGUCUGGUCCUCUGACACAACCAUAGGGAAGAUCAUGGUUUUCCAUCCCCUUCCGAGCACUCAUAAGCACACCAAAUUCAGGGAGACUAUCAAGGAUUAGUGUAAAAGGUCAUUUUACCGCGUUGAGUCCAUCAGCAGUUGUUACUCAUUCAUUGUUAAAAUUACUGUUUCGUUUCUGUUGCAGGCCUUCUUUAUCAUUCUUAAUCCAAAUAUGUACCAUGGAUGAGAUGCAUACAUUGCUUUGAAUACACUACUUUAAGAAUCUGCAUUAAACACAUCAGGAUAUUCCAAACACAACAUAUAUAUAUAUGCUAUAGCCUUGAAUCUGUACUAUUUUCUUUAACACAAGAGACUGUUCAAUAAAAAACUCAUCGGGUCUGUCUUUUGUGUUUUAGUUUUAAACUAAUUCAGUGUUCAGAAGGUUGGGUCUUUUUAACAAUUGUUUCCACUUCAAUCAGAGUCAGCAAAAGAUAUGCCUUUUGCACCCUCAUUCUGGCGGGACCACUAUUACCAUUCCUGAGCUUUCUGGAGGUUUGAGUUGUUUCCAACAUUAUUUUUUUAAUCCUUAAGUGAACCGCUUUCUCCUCCCACAAAGCAGCACAAAAUUUAAAGAAAUAAGAA